AUGGCUAUGGAAUCCAAUAUUGCUAAAUUGGAGACCAAAUUAAAUAGUACCAAAUCAUUCCAUUAUAACAUUUACAAGAAAAUCUUUUUCUUUUUUGUCAUAAUCGAAUUCAUUUUAGCCAUUAUUUUAUAUAAUGAAAUUCUUUCAUCCAGCACUUUAUUCUCAAUCUUAGCAAAUUUAUAUAGAUUAUUAUUUGAAAAAAUAAUUAAAUAUAAUGAAAAAAAAUUAAAUAAUUUAUAUAUGGGUCUCGAUAAAUUAUUUGAAGAAAGAAAGAAAGAAACCAAUUACGAGCAUACAAAAAAACUUUUAGAGCAAUAUGAAAGUUUUAGAAAAAAUGCCAACAAUAGAGACCAAGAGGACCAACACCAACUACCAACACAACCACCACCACAAAAACCAACCCCACAACAACAAACCCAACAACAACAACCAAUUCAACAACAACAACAAACCCCUCAACAAACCCCACAACAACAAACCCCACAACAAACCCCACAACAAACUCAAAAACAACCAACCAAAAAACAACAACAACAACAACAACAACAACAACAACAACAACCACCAUUCAUUUAUAUUAUUAUUAUAAAAUGGAGGUUAAAAAAAAUGUAUUAUUAUUUAGUUUCCGACCCAAAUUUACUUUAUUUCGAAAAUUGUGGAAACUGUGUAGCAAAAAUGCCAAGUGAAGUCGCCCCAAAUAUUUGA